AGAGAUUGGCAAAUAGAGUGGGUGAUGUGUUUGAUGCUACAUGGUGGGGUGCGUCUAGAGUGGGUUCCCGCCCCUGAAAGCCGAAUGUUAAUUUGCAAGUCAGCCAUGGUCUGCAGAGCGACGGCGAACAGGCUCCGCGGUAUUAUUAUGAGGAGGGUGUACCCUUCGGAGCGUCUCCUUGCUUCUCUGACACGUCGCGUUGCUCUCUGGCGCACAAGGUGAUUGUCUUGACAACAAGAGACGGCAUGGGUGCAGCUUGUGCGACGUGAUUCUAGCUGGGCGCAUUCGAAACGAUUGAUUAAUAUCCCCUGCAGUCCCAUGUCACAGGUACGAGCCAGACAGCGCUAGACCUGUGUGCGUGAGGGUAGUAAAGUACUCGCAAAUCUUCCACCAUGCCGGCCGCCCUCCCACCACACGAUGUCCGACGCGACAAGAGGCCCUCGACUGCCGGCAACUCGUCGUCCUCCAAGCGUGCGCCUGCUGAGCCCCAGGUCAUCUCAUCUCUAAUCGCUUCCCUCGACGACUCCAAUUCUUCCUUUACCCACGCGUCCUACGCCUACGUCUCGACCUUGGACUCCUACGACGACGAUGGCACUUUCUACAGCAGCCCUUCCCUCCGCCGACCCUUGAAACACAGCCAGAGCUUUGGCAUGGACUACGGCGCCUACCGCCAGCCAAUCCAACAAGACGACUACGACAGCGACGGCGCAGACUUUCCCGUCGUCCGCACUUCGAGACGCCCACAAGGCAGAAGCACACAUACUGCGCCCUCCUCCCCCGGACUGCACGGCUUACGAGAGAUCCUCCGCUCUGCCUCCAAGACGUCUCUAUCUCUGAACAGACCUGAGGUGCUCAGUCGCAGCAACAGUCGACUGAGUGUCGACAGUUGGAACAGAAAGAAUUCGUCGUCGUCUCCUACAAAGCUAUCACUAGACACGCCCUCAUCCUCCGAGAGACUAGGCGGAAGACUCUCGCUCCGCCAGACCUCGCGCGAAACCUUGAAGCCGAACAAGGACUUGCAACACUCGGCCGACCAAGCGCUGUUGAGCCCGAACCUAGGCCUUGAAGCCAGGGACCUGGGCAGGAAGAACACAAAAGGGAGACUCUACUUGGAGGAUGUGCUCGAAGACAUGGCCACACCCAGUCCCAUCAUCUCUCUGACACGCUUGCCAGCCGCUACCGCUCACCCUUCGAGCAGCAGAGACAGUUCAGUAAAGGCUUCAGCAGAACGUCUGCCAGCCAGCACCUCUAGAAGCACACUCCCAACUUCGUCGAGUAGCCCCAUGACCACAGUCAUCCCUCCACGCUCCUCUUCCUUGAACAAACUCACCAGUCCGACAAAGCCAAAAGCCAAAAAGCUCAGCAAGGGGAAACGCGCUCUAGCUGCGCUCAGAGAAGUCAGGGAGGUCAAGGAAGAGCGAGGAUCUCGUCGCAAGUCAAAGGCUGAUGCGCUCAAAGAUAUGUUCGAAGGUCUAGAUGAACAAGACGAAACCGUGAAGCGCAUCCGACAACUCCGUCAGCAGAAACAAGAUCGUCUCCGCAUGGAAUCUGAGGCUCUGCGAACACAGAACGACAAAAGGUCCGUGCCCGACUCGGCGGCCUCGACUUUAGCGGAUUUGCAAAUGCGUCCCGCCAAUAGAGCUGCCGCCAGAGUCCCUGAUUUGCGGAAAGCUCACCGUAUGCUCGGCCUCGAUGAACUCUCCAAAAACUCAUCCACGGUUCAGCCCCAAGACACCACAACGGCUUCCCCUUUUGACAGUAACCUCCACAGCAAACCCAGCGUUGUCCGUCAUUCUCCCAACGUCUCUGCAAGCCUGUCUUCUUUCCCUCCUGACUCUCCAACCAUCGGGAAUGCCUUUUCUACUUCGUCCGAUUAUUACCGUCCCUUCCACACACAGAUUGCAAAUGUAGCAGAAGAGCAACCAUAUGAUUCAUCCUCGGUCGGUAGACGCGCCGUAGCUAGGAAGUCAACUCACUCUCACAUCUUGAAUGGCCUAGACAUUGAGGGUCUCGAUAUGUCACCACCCAGCACCGCGCAUUCUAACUCGACCAUCCAAUCGCGUCCAAGGUCAAGUCGACGUGUUUCUUACGACGCCAGGUUCCGACGCAAGUCUAUGAGCGAUGCUCGUGAGAACCGCCUUCUCGAGGACGACAUAUUGCACGAGCGAAACAGCAAUGUGUCUAUGGCUGUGAAUGCUUUCUUGAACAACCCGAGAUUGAAUCAAAAGAUAGCACACCCUCAGACCGGUCGCAUUAUUUCCUUCUCCGAAGUUGGCGAUCCGAAUGGCCAUGCAGUCAUUGUUUGCGUGGGCAUGGGUCUCACGCGUUUUGUCAGUGUCUUCUAUGACGACCUAGCGUCUUCGCUUGGCCUUCGUCUGAUCACGCCGGAGAGACCUGGUGUCGGCGCAAGUCAAGCUUACCGCGAUCGAGACCACAUCGGACCUUUGGCCUGGCCGGACGACGUGGUUACUAUCACUCAUCACCUGGGCAUCUCCGAGUUCAGCUUGAUCGCCCACUCUGCCGGCGCCAUCUAUGCUCUGGCGACCGCAUUGAUUCUGCCUCAAAGUGUCCGUGGCAAAGUACAACUUCUCGCACCUUGGAUCCCUCCUUCACAAUUUGAAAACGUCAGCCAAAAAGACAGAUCACCGGACAAUGUGCCGGUGGCUGCGUUGACACGAGGCCAACGCUUUCUUCGGGUUCUGCCCGUGCCUUUUCUGAAGGCUGCGAAUGGCAACCUUUUCUCACCGGCUUCUCUCAAACCCGCGAAUGCCAACAAAGGCAAUGGAUCCCCCACAUCUGGCUCAGAGUCUCCUCGUGGCGUCCCUUACAGGAGGAACUCCAGAAGGCGACCAAAUGGUUCCCGACGAGAGAGCAUGAUUCUCAUGGAUCAGGUCAUUCCGGAGCGACCGAGAGACACCAUGUUCCCAUUGCCCGAGCUUUGUGAAGACGAAAAGGGCGAUAAGACAGUCCGCAAGCCAUCGGAGAUUUCUCUUAACUUGUCUGCGACGGCAUCGCCCAUGGACCCUGGACUUAUGUUUGCAGCAGAGGCUCUCAGUGCCGCAGAACAUGCCGCAAAGGAACACCAGGCCGCCUACUCUGCCUUAUUGACCGAGAGAACCUGGAUGCUAGCCACACGCGAUGCUAACCCUGCCACGGAUCUUAUUGUGUGUCUCGAGCGACAUCGAGACAUUGGCUUCAGAUAUGUGGACGUGCACAAAAAGGUUGUGAUUACUCACGGCAGCGAGGAUAAACGUGUGCCUGUAGAGAACAUCCGCUGGAUUGGCGACCAGAUGAACAGACACAACAUACUGCACUGGAGUCUGCAGGAUAAGGAUGUCGAAGCAAACGAUGGCGGAUGCGACAUCCGUGUCUUACCUGGCGAAGGCCAUGGACUGAUGGCUCAUCCUGGUGUCAUGUCAGAUAUAUUGUCCGACAUAUCCAGUGAAUGGAGCCCGACAAGAUGGCUCAUGCUGUAACUGUAAUGAGCAGGGGAAAUGUUUGAUUGUUUACACUCAUGGUACGAGACUUGGAUACGACGGCCAUCUCCCAAUCAUGUCGAUUUCUUUUCUUUCUACAAGGUCAUAUUGUUUGGUUGGACAGUUUAGAUACCCUCUUUCCUAUGUUCGAAAUAUUCAUACCCAUACUUUCCGGACGUAUUGUAGGUUAACUUUUAGACACUAAAUUAUCAUUCUUCAGAACAAACAGAUGACGGCGAUGGUGAGACUGUACUUCAGUGGACGGUGUUUGUUCCUCUGAUCAGCCCGGCAACGAGUGUUUCGUGUGACGGUGAGUGAUGAGAGCGAAUGGGUUCUGUUGCGGCUGAGUGCGUCCCGAAGCACUAUGGGUUGCUACGGCAGAAGUAAACAAACCGCCAAGGAAAGGUGGUCGAGCAGUCCGCGAUAAAAUCAAGCAGUCUCGACAGCAUCACUUUUGGUGGUCGGCAU